CCUCAGUCAGGGCUGUACAGCUGGCAAUUUACAGACAAUAACGCAGAGAGGAGUAAUUGGCCGCUGGAGGUGAACCUCUGCCCCGCAAAUUGGACCCGUGUUUGAUCGAGGAGAUGCAUUAGCACAAGUCCCGGGAUAUUUUUAUUCAUCUUCCUGUUUCGUGGGAAGGGGUUCAGUCUGUGAACGUGUGGAUCAGCUCCCCUCUCUCCACUGGAACCGUUAUAACCUCCUCACACUGGCAAUAUAAGCUGAAGUAAUGGAGAAGUCGAGACGUGGAGUACAGUUAGCAUUCAGCCUCCUGUUUGGGUUGUGGUUACCUUGCUGUUUAACCCAGACCACACCAUCAAAUGCAGCCUCGGCGACGCCCACACCAUCCCCGUCCCCCCAGUCCCUGGGAGAGCGGCUAAAGGUCAGACUGACCGGAUACCCUCGAAAACACAACGAGGGUCGGGUAGAGCUUUUUUACAAGGGGGAGUGGGGAACCAUCUGUGACGACGACUUCUCAAUAUCUAACGCCAACGUGCUGUGCCGCCAGCUGGGCUUUGUGUCAGCCACAGGAUGGACACACAGCGCCAAAUAUGGCAAAGGUCAAGGGAAAAUCUGGCUUGACAAUGUGCUGUGCAAUGGAGGAGAGAAGAGCAUUGAGUUCUGCAAGUCUCGCGGCUGGGGCAACAGUGACUGCACUCACGAUGAAGAUGCUGGAGUUGUGUGCAAAGACGAGAGGAUUCCUGGCUUUGUCGACUCAAAUGUUAUUGAUGCCCACGUGGAUGAGAACAAAGUAGAGGAGGUGCGACUCCGGCCCGUGGUCGUCACGGCAAAAAAGAAGCUGCCCGUCACAGAGGGUGUUGUGGAGGUGAAAUUUAAAGAAGGCUGGGUUCAGAUCUGCGAUGUGGGAUGGACGAUCAAAAACACUCGCGUGGUCUGUGGCAUGCUGGGAUUCCCACAUGAGAGGAAAGUCAACAAGAACUUCUACAAACAUCUGAAAAAGCGAGCAGCUGAGAAGGUCUCCAGGCCAAAGGUUAAUGUUUCAGCCGGUGGAAGGCAGACACCCAAAGCUAAAGCUAACUCUAAGUCUAAACAGAGCAGCCCUGGCAAAAGGUUGUAUUUGGAGCGUCAGAAGAACCACUUCCACAUCCACUCUGUGGCGUGCACAGGCACAGAGAUCCACCUGGCAGCCUGCCCCCUGGAGUUCAACAAGCCCAACGCCACAUCGACCUGCGAGGGCGGCAUGGCAGCCGUGGUCAGCUGCAUGCCCGGGCCGCUGUUCAUGCAAAACAGCGGCAUGAAAAAGAAACUGAAGACCUCGAGUAACGUGAGGCUGAAGGGUGGUGCCAGGCUGGGCGAGGGCCGCGUGGAGGUGUUGAAAGACAACGAGUGGGGAACGGUGUGCGACGAUCGCUGGAACCUGCAGUCAGCCAGCGUCGUCUGCAGGGAGCUCGGCUUCGGCAGCGCCAAGGAGGCUCUCACCGGAGCCCGCAUGGGACAAGGAAUGGGUCCGAUCUACAUGAACGAGGUGAAGUGUCUCGGUCAGGAGAAAUCCAUCUGGAACUGCCCCUUUAAAAACAUCUCAUCAGAGGACUGUCAGCACGUGGAGGACGCCGCCGUCCGCUGCAACAUACCCUACAUGGGCCUGGAGAACACGAUCCGACUCACAGGGGGACGGACCCGUUACGAGGGCCGCUUGGAGGUCCUGGGUUCAGACUCUAACGGGACGGAGAGCUGGGGUCUGAUCUGCGGAGAGAACUGGAGCACCACGGAGGCCAUGGUGGCCUGCAGGCAGCUGGGCUUGGGCUACGCUAACCAGGGCCUGCAAGAAACCUGGUACUGGGACGGCAGCAACGUGACGGAGAUGGUGAUGAGCGGUGUCAAGUGCACAGGAAGCGAGAUGUCUCUGACUCAGUGCCAGCAUCACAAAACUGUCAACUGCCAGAAAGCAGCAGCGAAGUUUUCAGCAGGAGUCAUCUGCUCUGAAACGGCCUCUGACCUCAUCCUGGACGCCCCUCUGGUCCAGCAGACGGUUUACAUCGAGGACCGCCCUCUGCACAUGCUCUACUGCGCCGCAGAGGAGGACUGCCUGUCCAAAUCUGCAGCCAAGGCCAACUGGCCGUACGGACACAGACGCCUGCUCCGCUUCUCCUCCCAGAUCCACAACAUCGGCCGGGCUGACUUCAAGCCGAAGGCUGGGCGGCACUCGUGGGUGUGGCACGCCUGCCAUGGCCACUACCACAGCAUGAACAUUUUCACCCACUAUGAUCUGCUGAACGCCAACGGCACCAAAGUGGCAGAGGGACACAAAGCCAGUUUCUGUCUGGAGGACUCAGAUUGUCAGGAGGGUGUUUCUAAGAGGUACGAGUGCGCUAACUUUGGCGAUCAGGGAAUCACUGUGGGCUGCUGGGAUUUGUACCGCCACGACAUCGACUGCCAGUGGAUCGACAUCACGGACGUCAAACCCGGAAACUACAUUAUGCAGAUUGUGAUCAAUCCCGAUCAUGAAGUGGCUGAGAGCGACUUCACCAACAACGCCAUGAAAUGCAACUGUAAAUACGAUGGACAUCGAAUCUGGUUCCAUAACUGCCAUGUUGGUGACGCGUUCAGCGAGGAGGCAGAGAGGAGGUUUGAGAAAUACCCCGGGCAGCUGAAUAACCAGAUCUCUUAAUCAUCAACAACAACAACAAUAUGAGAAACAAAGUGUGGGAGUGAAUAAAUAAAAACACACCUCAUUAGCUCAAAAGAAAAAAGACACAAACCCUUUGGAUCGCCCCUCCCCCACAUGUCUGAGAUUAUUUGUAAUCAUGGAAGAAGCCAACAGUAUUUUCCUCUGGUGAAUGUGUUGUAUGUCUGAGUUAUUAUACUUGAAUAUUCAAGUGCUAAUGGAUUUUCCUUUCUCAGUCUAAUGUGAGCUAAUGCUAUAUUUUUAUCAUAAAAUAGGAUUUUAUAAAGUCAGUUGUACAGUCUGUGUGCAGCCUUGUAUUGAAUGUUUUUGUUCCGAGUUACGAACGAGGUGUUAUAAUAUUUUAAAUAUUUUUUUAUAACCAGAUUUAUUUUACUUAGAGCGACCAGAUUUCAGAACUUCAGAAUGCAAAAGAGAAGAAAAAAAUCUGAGGCAUGAACAGGAACACAUGCAGCUCUGUGGAAGUCUUACUGGUCAAGACUUGCAUCAACAACAACCUGAAAAUGUCUCUGAGCAAAACAUCAAACCAUUUACACCCGGAUCAUUCCCUCUUUGGACUGGAGCGUUAGCAUGAAGGCUACAUGAGCACGUUGCUCAAGAGAAACGCUCAGAUCUUACCCAGCCUGCCUCUGCAGUUACAACAUUUCAUGAAUGUAUUUAUUGCCAAUAUGAAGGUGCUCAAAAAACCUGUUGUCAGUUUGCUUUGGAACCAGUUUGAAUCCACCUGUAGCUUUAGUCUUUUUGUAUUUUUAUAGUCUUUUAGAGUCGAGACAUAGACGUUACUGGAUAAAGACAAAAAACUACAAUUACCCUGAAGAUUUGCUGUUUGUAUGCUGAUGUAAUCACACCCGCUGCACCAAAUAAAAAGGAGAGGAAUAAUUAUAA